AUGCCAACCACCAGGAGAUCAACAGGAGGAGGCCGCGCCAGACCUGGCCCAGCGCGAGGCCAAUCGACCAUCAGCUUCUCCAACAGAGUAUCGAAGCCGGUGCCCAAGGACACCAAGAAAACAGUGGCUCUUUCCUCUGCCAUUGACCGUUCCGAUAUCGCCAAGCCAAGUAAUAAGGAGCACAAGGAUGUCGACGAGAUUCAGAUCGAAGAACCCUUGACGCCCGAGGUUGAGAAGGUUGAAGCCAAGGAAGAAGUUCCCGAAAAAUCAGAGGCCGAAGUGAGGGCCGAGAAGAUCAGCGACGCCCAGAUUAACAAGUACUGGAAGUCGAUCGAGGCUCAGCGCAUUGCGCCUAGGGUGCACCAAGGUGAUGUGAGUCUGGCUGAGAGGGUUUUGCGAUACUUUGACGUUAGCUCUCAAUAUGGUCCCUGCAUCGGCCUCCAGCGCAUGAAGCGGUGGCAGCGCGCGGAGAGGCUAGGUCUCAACCCGCCAAUCGAGGUCCUUGCGCGGUCGGAGCCUCGUAAUUGUGGAGGAUCUCAGCAAGCAUCUACAAAGGUCAAAAAGGUCAAAAGAGUUCACCCCCCCGGUGCUGAAUUGGGGGCUACAUCUCUUGGUGCUCAUGCUGGGAUUCGAACUCGGUACUCGUAUGCGCUGAGCCUGUCGUCGCGUAGGCUGUUUGACCUGACCCCCGACCUAGGGGGCGCCUGCUGUGCUGGUGACAGGAAUGGGAUUGAGGGGGUAUAUGAAGGCUCUGAUUGUGGCGGAAUGGCAUCGGAUGAAAGUUUGGUUGUGUAUUCGUGCCUCCUUCCCGCGAAAACCAUGUGUGAAUAA